AUGUCAGCAAUCAACGACCCAAAGUUACUGCAGACCAUAAACCUGGUCGAUGCCAGUAUCAAAGAUCUCCUCCAUGCUCUGGAUACCCGUGCGAUUACAAGCGUCCAACUCGUCUCGCUCUACCUCCAUCGAAUCGGAUACUACGACUGCCGAGGACCAUCAUUGAACUCUGUUUGUGUUCUCAACCCGAAGGUGUUCGAAGAAGCACAGCAAGCAGAUGACUAUCGAGCCAGCGGGCACCCACCCAGGCCCCUAGAAGGAAUUCCCUUCACCGUCAAAGACAGCUUCAUGGUCAAAGACAUGACCGUUGCAGCAGGCUCACCUGCCUUUGCCGACCUGGUAGCCUCAAAGGAUGCAGCCAUAGUUUCUCUGCUGCGAAAGGCCGGGGCCGUGAUAUUGGGCAAGACAAAUAUGCCCUCGAUGGCGGACGGAGGAGGCCAGCGAGGACUCUACGGGAGGGCCGAAAGCCCAUACAACCCCCUCUAUUCCACCACGGCCUACGCAUCUGGCUCCUCGAAUGGCUGCGGUACGUCAACUGCAGCGAGCUUCGCUGCUUUUGGAUUUGCCGGAGAAACUGUCUCUUCGGGUCGUUCGCCGGCGUCGAACAAUGCGUUGGUUGGAUAUUCGCCUUCCCGUGGACUGAUCCCGAAUAGAGGCCAGUGGCCACUUUAUCCGACAUGCGAUGUGAUUGUUCCUCAUACGCGCUUGGUCGAGGAUUUGUUCGCUGUUCUCAAUGUCAUCGUUGCGAAUGAUCAGGACGCUGUCCGAGGUAUUGAUUUCUGGCGGAGCCAGAGCUUCGUUUCUAUCCCGAGGGCUUCGAGCAUUCGUCCAACGGAUUACCAUACUCUCGCAGACCCUUGCGCACUGUCAGGAAAACGCAUUGCCGUUCCAAAAUGCUUCGUUGGUGCACCGGCCGCAAAACCACCCCAUGUCUGUAUCGAGCCGGUGCGAAAACUGUGGGAAAGAGCUCGAGCUACGUUCGAAUCUCUCGGCGCGACGGUGGUUGAGACGGACUUUCCUCUUCUUGAGAUGUAUAUGAAGCAGGACUUUCCAGGUCAGGGCUGCAAUGUACCUGGGAUGCCUAGUAGCUGGAUGGAUAUCGAACGGUGCGAGAUGAUUGCUACGGCUUGGGACGACUUCUUGCGUAUUAAUAGGGAUUCGAAGUAUCCGAAUCUCACUGCAGUCGAUCCAGACCAAAUACACCCUCUCAUUGCACCCAUGGACGACCCAUCAAAGCACACAGAGGCAAAAAACCAAGUCCGCUAUUCCGACAUGAUUGCGUCGGUGACGGUCAGAAAAAAUACCCUCUACAACUUCCCCGGUGUCGAAAACGCAACGAAGGCGCUGGAGGAUAUGCGAAAGAGAGAAUUCGAAGCGUGGAUGGACGAAAAUGGCUUCGACCUCAUCGCGUUUCCCACCAACGGUGAUGUCCCGUAUGCCGAUGCCGACGAAAACCCCGAAUCGAUGUUCCAUGCGCUGCAGGAUGGGGUCAAGUACGCCAAUGGUGGUCGGGCCCUCAAGCAUGUUGGAAUCCCCUGUAUUACUGUUCCUAUGGGCAAUAUUGAGGGGAAAGAUAUGCCUGUUGGUUUAACCCUUGCGACCAAGGCGUAUGCAGAUAGUGACCUGUUACGAUACUCGUAUGCGUAUGAGAGCACAUCCCGACUCCGGAUUUCCCCGCCGUUGACGCCUUCGGUACCAUCGGACUAUAUACCCUUGGGCGAUUCUUGUCUUCGUGGCUCGAUCAAAGCAAAGCCUAUUCUUGAUAUUCUUUCGGCCACGUGGGAGAAAACAGAAGUACCUACCCUCGAGGUUCGACGGGUCUCUGUUGAUGGGAUUCUGCAUUCAAACGACUCUUCUGUCAGUGUUACCUCCGUUCAGGCAUUUGUUAACGGCGAGAGAUCCGCUCCUAUCUCCUUGGUUGGUGACAAGUGGAAGUGGAAAGCUAGUCUGUCCCGGCCUCUGGUCAGCGAGAAGUAUCCAACAAUAGCGAAAGUGCCAAAGGAUUGUUUCCUUGUUGUCAUCAUCGCUGCUUUGGAGAAUGGAAGAACUGCAGCCUCCAUGCUGCUAAUAGACUAG